GGACGAUGAUCUGCUGCCCGGUGACGAAGAUGAGGAGCGCGCAAGUCCAUCCACACCUCCAGAGACCGUACUUGCGCCGCCUAUAGGAGGCUACAGCGCGCAGAGUUCCCACAAUAGCCAGCAAACGCUCCUACAACAGCAAAGAGAAUCGCUACAGGAGACGCGCAAGGUGGCAUCCAUCCGACAGAAGGUCGGCAGAAUGACGACAAACGACUCUUUACGAGCUGCGACGCUUCAGACGGCUGCUGCGCCCGACGAAGCUGGACAGGAGGAUGAUGGUGCAAAGACGCCUACCGGUGUGGGAUCACCAAAAGCAGCCACUGCUGAUAGUGGUAGCUCGCCAAGGCCCGUCGCUGAGACCGUGGUGGCUGCUCCUGCGCCAUUGACAGCAGCCAAUCUAGCGGAGCGCACCGCUGCAGAGAGGUCCGCGGCGGAUCUUGAUGCUGCCAAAUCCCGUUCAGUCUCGCCAAAGUCACCUCGCUCACAACCCACUUUUGCGUCCUUCUCGGGCGCCUCAUCACCUUUUUCGCAAGUGCCAACAACUUCAAAGACGUCUCUAGGCGCAGCAGACUCGAGCCUUGCAAAGGUGCCGCCUGCUGCAGUGCCCGUCUUUACUUCUGCUUCCUUGCCACUUGUCACACCGGAAGCACCUUCGCCCGCUAGCUCUGUUCGAGUAGAAGUAGCCUCGGAAGCACCGGGACUGAGCAGACAGAACAGUCUACAACCUGCCUCUAGCCCCAGCACGGCUGGCGCUCGCAUAAGUAAGCUGGACAAGCCAAGCGCGUCUGUGGCCAGCAAGUCACCGGAGCCACUGGCAGUGCCACCACCGACGCCUGCAACAAACAAGACCGAUCUGUCAAACUCACAGUCGCCAACGCUCGCCAUAAAGCCUCUCAGCGGUAUAGCGGAGCGCGGCGCGAACGCUGCAAGCCCGACUCCGAGUACAAGUUCGAGCACAAGCAUGGGCUUCGGCGCCUUUUCCGGUGGGUCUGGCUUCGCAGCAGCUAAGCCUACACCUGCCAAGCCCAGCUCUGGCUUCGGCGGCUUCUCAUCCUCUGCUUCACCGUUCGGUGCAACGCCCUCAAAGUCAUUUGGCACUACUUCCGCAGAUAUAGCGGGACCCAGCUCGACGCUGACGCCUAGCAUGCGCAAGAUGAACGAUCCCUCGAGCAAACGGACAUUUGGUCAGAUUAUACGCGACGGCAGUCCUGCAGAAGAUGGUGCGAGUACAGAGGAUGCUCGAAAGCGUCUCUUCUCUGAGCAAAGCAGUAUGUCUGCUUUCGAAGCCUGCUACCGUUCCAUUCUGAUGCAUGAAAUCAGGCUUUACGGGCGAGGAGGAGGAAUUCGUCAUGCACACAGCGCGGUGCAAGCUAUUCAUCAUGGAUGAAGGUAAUUGGCGGGAGAGAGGGGUCGGCACGCUCAAAGUUCUCAACAAGAUGGAAGAUGCUACGGCCCACCUCACUUAUCGUCUGGGUAUGUCACGUCCAAAAUCCAGUGGUGUCUUGCUGACCGUCAACCAGUAAUGCGAGCGGAAGGCGUCUUUCGACUUUUACUGAAUAUGCCUCUCUUCAAAGGCAUGUCAUGUGAGCUCGCGCAGGAGAAGUUUAUACGCUUCAGCGGGCUCGAUCAAGGCAAGAUGCGCAGCUUCACUUUGCGAGUAUGUUCUUACCCACUUACACUUUACGCGCUCUAAUCUAUUUACGCCCAUUCAGUUAGGGACAGCAGCCGCUGCGCAAUCGCUCUACAAGGUCAUCUCUGUAAGCAUCGAUCAGCUCGAUACUGUCUUGGAUGCAUGAGAAUGGCCGUGUAUGUUCUGGACCAAAAUGAGAUGGUUCAAGCUCAGAUGUGAAGAGGCAAUAAAAGC